GAACUGCUUGCGCGGUGAGCGCUCCGACCACUCCUUCUUUCUCCAUUAUUGAUUCUAGAUGUCGCAUCAUUCUUUCACUGCAUAUCCAUAGACGCUCCUUUGCAGACGGCCUCAUCUCCGUCAUGCCCCCGUCGUCACGCCGCUACUUGUCACUCACUCUCCUUGCCAUUGCCUUCUUUGUUAUCCUCUCCAACUUGUCCAAUACUCACAGCAGAUCACCUCGUCGGGCCCCACCUGCAAUCGACAGAGUCCUGAACCCCGGCUGGUUCAAGCCCAGAUUCAGGUGGAGAGACGUCAAGCAAAAGCACCCCAUCACCAACACCAAGCUUACCGAGUUACCCACGGGCCCACAUGCCGAGAUCCCUCGAGUACAGCACGACUUCGAGCCCGAAUCCUUAGGGCACACUCUCUGGCGGAGGAAUCGCUUGCGAGCGGUGGAAGAAGCAUUUCGGCACUCGUGGGAUGGCUACAAGAAAAACGCAUGGCUGCAAGAUGAGGUCUCUCCGCUGAGUGGGAAAGCCCGGAACCCUUUUGGUGGAUGGGGUGCAACGCUCGUGGACUCGCUAGAUACAUUAUGGAUAUUGGGCAUGAAAAAUGAGUUUGAGAGCGCGGUGGCCGCCAUCAAGAAGAUCGACUUGACGACCCCGGCACUGCUAGAGCUCAACGUCUUUGAGACCACCAUACGCUAUCUUGGCGGCAUGCUUGCUGCUUAUGAUGUAAGCGGUCGUCAAUAUCAAGUGCUCUUGGAUAAGUCUGUCGAGCUGGGCGAGAUGCUCAUUCUUGCUUUCGACACGCCAAACAGGAUGCCUGUGACGAGGUGGAACUGGAAGAAGGCUGCACUGGGAGAGGAUCAGGAGCCCAAGGUCCACUCCCUCCUUGCCGAGAUAGGGUCGCUGACACUGGAGUUCACACGAUUGUCCCAGCUCACUGGCGAUCCAAAGUGGUAUGACGCCGUCGCUCGCGUGACGGACGUCUUAGAGAAAGCGCAGAAUACGACCAGGUUACCAGGGCUAUGGCCGACCUUUGUCAAUGCUAGAGAUAAUGACUUCCAGCGUGACUCCACUUUCACUCUUGGGGGGAUGGCCGAUUCGCUGUACGAAUAUUUACCGAAGGAACACAUUAUGCUGGCCGGCCGGACCGAUCAGUAUCGUAACAUGUUCAAACUUGCUCUCGCUACCGCGAAAGAGAGUAUAUUUUUCCGCCCAUUGAACUCGGAGAAUCGUAAAAUGCUUCUCUCGGGCACAAUGAAGCGGCCUUCUUACAAAAGUAAGGGCAAACUGCAGCCUCAAGCUGAACAUCUCGCCUGUUUCGCCGGCGGCAUGGUAGCAUUGGCUGCCAAAGUCUUCGAACAGCCCGAGGAAAUGGAUACGGCCCGAGAGCUUGUCGACGGCUGCCUCUGGGCAUAUAACAGUACCACAACGAAGAUCAUGCCCGAGAUCUUUACCGCACUUCCGUGUGAAAAGCCGGAUUGGGAAGACUGCGCCUGGGACGAAGACGCUUGGUAUCGUGCUGUGGCCGACAAAUCGAGCACUGGUGUUGCCCGUGCACAAUAUAUGGAGACUGCUCAAGAAGUGAUUGCCAACAGCAAGCUGGCCCCAGGAUUCGUCCGUGUCACUGACUCUCGCUAUAUCUUACGACCAGAGGCCAUCGAAUCAGUCUUCGUUUUGUACAGAAUUACAGGUGAUAUCAGGUUUCAGUACCAAGCUUGGGAAAUGUUCCAGGCUAUAACGAAUGCGACGCGCACGUCUAUCGCGUUUGCUGCGUUGCAAGAUGUCACCAAGGAGGACAAGGCGCUCAUCGAUAAUAUGGAGAGCUUCUGGACCGCUGAGACAUUGAAGUACUUCUUUCUCAUAUUUAGCGAACCGGACGUGAUUAGUCUGGAUGACUAUGUAUUCAACACCGAAGCACAUCCGCUGCUGCGGCCCAAGUAGGAUAUGACGAAGUCCGAGAUAUCUCGAUCCUUGCAUAGAUCAUCGAAAAGUAUUUGUAAUGGCUCAUGAAAAGUGAUAGAACCAUGAUCGACGCCGACCUCAGAUCCGCUCCAAUAGACAUUCCGCGGUGUACGACUAGACCGCUGAACUUAGUGAGCUUCAAAAUACCGCAUCGCUAAGAUGAGGACUCACGGGCCACCUAAUGCCAUCAGAAAAGCUGCAGCUAACCUUCAACACAUCUGACUGCAAUCGCACGCUGCAGUAGAGAGUAAGGAAUCCAGACCCCGCCCGCUUGACAGCUCCAUUCGCUGUUGUGGCGCACCCAUCUCCAGCUU